AUGAAUCUUUCAAAUUUCCCCUUUCUACUAGCUCUCAUUCCGUUCACAGCCGCCCAUUUUGUCCUCCAAGUCCCUACAUCUCUCGGCUUCAACGAUAUUAACGAAGUAGAGGCUCCCUGCGGUGGUUUUGACAUCACCAGCCGUAGUACGGUCACCGAUUGGCCCAUCGCCGGCUAUCCUAUCGGUGUCGUUUCCACUCACCCGAACGCACUGUGGCAGAUCCGAGCGGCAUUAUUAGAGAAACCCGACGAGUUUGUGGAUUUAUUGCCAAACAUUAGGCAAGAUGGCAUGGGCAAUUUUUGUCUGGGAACUGUGCCAGGGUAUGCGGAUUGGAUUGGAAAAGAUGCAGUUUUGCAGGUAGUGCAGACAGCCGUUGAUGGAAUGUUGUACCAGUGCGCUGCCAUCAAAUUCGUCGAAGGGGCCGCCGCUGCAGUUCCAGGGAAUUGCAGAAACGGAUCAAGGAUAGUCGCAUCCGUGGAUCCAGACUACACGGGUACUGCAACUCUUCCGACUCAAACCUCGAACCCACCGCCAGAUACUACAUCUAAGUCCUCUGGUGCGAAUCGAUCAGUCAACCCACCGCUGUUGGGCUUGUUAGCUUUCACAAUGUAUACUAUAUCAUGGACUUCCUAA